AUGGCAGUUCUAGCGAGGACCCCGGUAAUUAUUGGUGUUGGCGAUGUCACCAACCGAUCGACUCGAUCAGAAGAUGCAAAAGAGCCAAUGCAGCUGAUACUGGAUGCUAUCCAUAUCGCUAUUGAAGAUACCGAUCUAUCCUCCGAAGGUCAGAAGCAGCUGCAAAAAAGCAUCGACAGUGUUGAUGUUGUUGCCACUUGGUCCUGGCCCUAUAGUGACUUGCCGGGUCAGAUCGGUGACCGUCUGGGGGUGAAACGUCUUGACCACAAGCGGCUGAGUGAUCAUGGCGGCCACUCACCUGGUUUAAUGCUUCACGAAGCCGCCGCUCGAAUCGCAGACGGGUACUGCGAUGUGGCCAUUGUGGCCGGUGGAGAAGCUCUUGCUUCCGGUCUGCUUAUAUCGUCAUGCCAUUGCACCCAUAAACUGACAUGCAGUAGUCGUUGCCCUGAAUCGAGCUGGAAUAACAGAUCCUAA